UUGACUGUUUUAAAAUUGUCAUUUUUGCUCAAUUUCUCACUAAUAUAUCGUCUAAUUUUCAAUAGCUAUUUGACGCGAAACUUCAAAUACUGGUCUUCGCGGGGAAUCAAUGGCCCGAAACCGAUCCCAUUCUUCGGCACUCUAUACCACAUGUUCUUUGAGCCAAUGCCUGAAAUAUUUCUCAAUGGAUACAAACGAUAUGGAAAUAUAUACGGCACAUUUCUUGGCACAAAACCUAAUCUUAUGAUAUGUGACCCGCAAUUGAUUAAAGACAUGAAUAUUAAAGAUUUUCACGUCUUCUUCGAUCACAACGACUUUAUAACAGGGGAUCCGUUGAACGAUAGGUCGCUCUUUAAUCUAUUGGGCGACGACUGGAAGAAAAUGCGAUCAAUUAUAAGUCCGACCUUUUCGUCGGGAAAGAUGCGGGCAAUGCAUCCAAUUAUUGUCGAUUGUGUCCAUCGUUUGGAAGAUUAUUUGGAGAAGAAGUCGAAGAAUGGCGAAGACGUGGAGUUAAAGAAAGCGAUGGGAAAUCUAACUAUGGAUGUGAUCGCUUCGUGCGCUUUCGGCACCAAAACGGAUACACAUAAUGACGACAACAAUGAGUUUGUUAUAAACGCCCGCAAAGUAUUUCGCGGCAAUUGGAGGGUUUGGGUCUUCUUUCUGGUGUACACAACAUUCCCGAAACUAAUCGAAUGGACGGGAUUUCAAAUAACAGAUCCCGGAGUUCAAAACUUUUUCCAAAAAGCGGUUCGUAUCAAAUCGAUUAUCGAAAGACGAAAAUCAGAAAAGACAAAGAAAAGGGAUUAUCUGCAGCUUAUGAUUGACGCCAAGAAUAAGACUUUAGAGACCGGCGAUGAACUAGAAGUGGAUGACUUGAAUACAGCCAUCUUUGGCGAAGUUGGAGAAGUGGAUCAGUUGGACAAAAACAAAUCCAAUAAACUAAAGGCCACUGAAAUAACGGACAUCGAUAUUCUGGCCACGAGUUUCUUAUUUUUUGUGGCCGGAUAUGAGACCACAGCCAGUCUACUAACGCAUCUCCUCUAUAGUUUGGCUUUGAAUCCCGAAUGUCAGCAAAAACUGUACGAAGAAGUGCACAGUUUUGAUGGAAACUAUGAUUACGAGAGUAUAUCCAAAAUGCCGUAUUUGGAGGCCUGUGUCGCCGAAACACUGCGAAUAUACAAUCCUGUGGCCGGUGUCAGCAGAAUUGCUAACGAAGAAUAUACUAUCGGCGAUACGGGAAUAACAAUACCGAAGGGAAUGUUAGUUAACUUUAACAUUGAAGCCCUGCAUAAGAACCCCGAGUAUUACCCAAACCCGGAUCGUUGGGACCCUGAGCGUUUUAUGCCCGAAAAUCGUGAUCAAUUAGUGCCGUAUACUUAUAUGCCGUUCGGAAUGGGACCCCGAAAUUGUGUGGGAAUGAGGUUUGCCUUAAUGGAGGCCAAAACAACCGCUGCUUAUUUGGUGAACAAAUUCAAAUUUGUGCGAACGGACAGAACUACUGUUCCCCUCAAACCACUUAAAUUUCAAUUCAUUUACAGCACCGGAGACGUCAACGUAGGCGUAGAUUAUUUGACCCGUAAUUUCAAAUACUGGUCAUCGCGUGGGAUCGACGGCCCGAAACCGAUCGUAGGUUUUGGCACUUUAUACCAGAUUUUUUUCAAACCAUUGACUGAACUCAAUACCGAGAACUUCAGGAAAUAUGGAAAGAUCUAUGGCACAUUUCUCGGCACUAAACCCGUACUUAUGAUCGCAGACCCGGAACUCACUAAAGAGAUGAAUAUCAAAGACUUUCAUCUAUUUGUGAACCGAAACGACUUCGUAACCGGAGAUUCACUGAACGACAGAUCAAUGUUUAAUUUAAUGGACGACGAGUGGAAGAAUAUGCGAUCAAUUAUAAGUCCAACAUUUUCGUCCGGAAAGAUGAAAGCAAUGCAUCCCAUAAUCGUUGACUGCACGCAGAGAUUGGAGGAGUAUUUGGAGAAGAAGGCGGUGACCGGCGAAGAGGUGGAGAUGAAG